CUAUAAGAACAGGGGUCACUAAUAUGAUAUUUAACGUUCUAUGGGAUGUUGUUUAGUUUCUCGUGUCUCCUGUUCCAGUUUACGUGUCAAUAGAUCCGUUUCAGUAUUUAAACAUUCAUAAGAUUUAAUUAACUGUAGUGCAACUGUGUCGUCAGCAUUUAUUUACAUUAAAAUAUUCCUAUUCCUCCCUCCUCUCGUUGGGAUAAACAAUACUGCAAUGUCUCAAAACGAUGGCAGCGACGAAGAAAAUGGUCUGCUCACACCGAUAUUCCUCAGAAAAGGGUCCCGGUGCAGUCGGGACACACUUGGCACUCCGUCUUCCAUAUGCAGCUCAGUAGUACUUGGUCACAUUCCAGAAGAAGUACUUCGUGUGUGGAGUCAACUGCCACAGGCAAUACGUUUAGAUCCUAGUUUGGCAGUUUUUCAAAGGGAAUACAACCGAUACCACCAAAUUGGAGAAGGAAACUCACCCGAUGUUCCGAAUAAAGACUGUCUUGUGGUCAAUAUGUCCGUUGAAACUCAGCCUGUCGUUCCUAAACAACUGCAGCAUGAAGAUACAAAUCCAGAUAUUCUAAAUGAUUCUCAAGAAACUACACAAAGACCACUCUAUCGUUAUACGAAAUUAACAUUACUGUUUUGUUGUUGGCUAAUAUUCACGUUGAUAUUGAUGAUCAAGAGUGAAAAGAUUGAAACGAUGCAUCAGAUUUCCAUACCGGCGGGUCAAAUACGCAAUUACAAAUUGCAUGGGGAUAUUUUGAGCAAACAGAUUAAUGUCGUCGUAGAAGGUGCACUAUUGCCACCUGCUAAAUUAACCAGUGACCGGAAUAUAUCUGAGAGAUACUUAAUGAUGUGGCUCGAAUUAACAGAAAGUGAAACAGAUAUUACCAAUAAAUCUUCAAUUGAAGUUUCCCAUCGCUUUAAGAAUGUCAGCGAAUUAUGGAUGCUACCAGUGCUCCCCGAAAAUCUGAUGGACAUAUUUCCUGGACAGAGGCACCACAAAAUUUUUGAAUUGGAAAACGUUGAUAUAAGCACAUUAGAAGAGGAUGUGCUGUCGAUUAAUCUGGAAACAAAUUUGGAAACAAGUUUCGCAGUGUCCCUAAGUUACGACUUGUCGUUGAUAAACAAAAAUAUCGGUAUAGCAUACGCCGCUAUAGUUUUACUGGGAUUAUACAUAUUAAUAAUAUUUGAGAUUGUACAUAGAACCCUUGCUGCGAUGCUAGCGUCUACAAUGUCCAUCGCGAUAUUAGCAGCUUUAAAUGAGAGGCCAACAAUGAGCGAAGUGAUUUCAUGGAUAGACGUCGAUACAUUAAUGCUACUGUUUUCCAUGAUGAUACUUGUCGCCAUUAUUGCUGGAACUGGCAUAUUCGAUUGGUUGGCGGUAUUUGCUUAUAAGAUAACUGGAGGAAAGGUAUGGCCGCUUGUUAGUACAUUAUGUUUCUUCGCUACGUUCCUUUCGUCCUUCCUAGAUAAUGUUACAACAGUUCUGUUAAUGACACCAGUAACUAUCAGAUUAUGUGAAGUAAUGGAAUUAAAUCCAGUGCAUAUAUUAACAGCUAUGGUUGUUUUCUCCAACAUUGGGGGUGCUAUGACACCCGUAGGUGAUCCGCCGAACGUAAUCAUUGCAUCCAAUCGAGAUGUUAUCAAUAAUGGUGUCGAUUUCGGUACAUUCACAAUACACAUGAGUAUUGGUGUGAUAUUAGUAAUAAUUGCAGUUUACGCUCAAUUACGAUAUAUUUUCCGAGAUGUGACCGCUCUUAGAUUCGACGAACCACAGGAAGUGCAAGAGUUAAGACACGAAAUUGCUAUUUGGCAACGGGCAGCAGCAAGUCUGUCGAGUUACAGUAAAGACGAAAACUUAGUCAGAGAAACUUUACUAAAAAAAGUUCAACGGUUGCUCUCCCAAUUAAAGAAAAAGGUACUCACUGGCAGUGUUGCGCUUGAAAGAUACGAAACUACGUUGGAGGAACUUCAAGAAAAAUAUCCUAUUCGAGAUAAGUGGUUACUAGUGAAAUCUGGAUUCACGUUGAUUUUCGUCAUCGUUCUAUUCUUUCUGCACAGUAUCCCGGAACUGCAUCUUUCUUUAGGUUGGAUCACAUUGGUCGGUGUUCUUCUGUUAUUAAUUAUAGCGGACACCGAAGACUUGGAUGGAAUUAUGGCGCGAGUAGAAUGGUCUACUUUGUUAUUUUUCGCGUCAUUAUUCAUUUUAAUGGAGGCACUUUCUCGUUUGGGUCUUAUGGAUUGGAUAGGAAAGCAAACAGAAAAUAUCAUUUUAUCAGUAAACGAAGAAUCACGGUUAGCAGUCGCUAUACUAUUAUUACUUUGGGUAUCAGCAUUUGCGAGUGCUUUCGUUGAUAACGUACCUCUGUCAACUAUGAUGAUAAGGAUCGUAACCAAUCUAUCACAAAACAGUGCACUUGGACUACCGCUACAACCCUUAAUAUGGGCUUUAGCCUUUGGCGCUUGUAUGGGAGGGAAUGGAACUCUGAUUGGAGCAAGCUCUAACGUAGUUUGUGUAGGAAUUGCAGAGCAACAUGGAUACAGAUUUUCAUUUAUGCAAUUCUUCAAGGUUGGAUUUCCAGUUAUGUUGACAAGUACCACGACAGUAACUAUGUACCUAAUGAUCGCUCACGUUAUCUUCAAUUGGAACGGUUAAUAUACUCCAUUGCAAGCUCAUGCUAACAUAAAAGGUCAUUUACACUUUCUACGGCAAUUUUAUAUUUAUAUUUAUAAUAAUAUUUAUUAUAAUAGUAAUCUAUUUAUAAUUACUUAAUGUUAAAAGUAUAACAAUACAGCCCUGUAGUACAUAAGUACAGUUACACGUACUUACAUCAAAAGCUAUUUUAUAAUAAUUUUAUUAUAAUCCGUACUAUCGUGUGUACUGCAAUCCAUUUGAUUUCAAGAAGACACUAAGAUAAUGAAGCAAAUUUUAUUGUAUAAAUCGGAUUGCAAUCUUAUUUUUAUAAUUUUAAAUUAAGUAUGUAUGGAUAGAAUAUUCAAUUUGUCCAUAAAUAUAUGCAUAUUUCUAAAACAUCUUUGAGAGAAAACAAUAAAUUUUCUUGGAUCUAAUAAAUCGAUGUCAUUUUCUUCAUAAAGUAUAAUUAGUAUUCCAUGUGGAAAUUUUUCUUGUCCUAUUAUUUAUGUAUUGUAAAACCACCGACUC